AUGUCCCCUGCCCCUAGCGAGAGCGCCUCACCGAUUGGCAUUGCCAAUCUGCCUAACCAGCGACACAAGAUUGUUGCUAAGAGGGGCGCUGCUUUUACUAUUAUGGUUGCUGGCGAGUCCGGCCUCGGCAAGACCACCUUCAUCAACACGCUGUUCUCCACGACCAUCAAGAACUAUGCCGACCACAAGAGGCGCCACCAGAAGCAGGUCGACAAGACGGUCGAGAUCGAAAUCACAAAGGCUGAGCUAGAAGAGAAGUUCUUCAAGGUUCGCCUGACUGUUAUCGACACCCCCGGCUUUGGUGACUACGUCAACAACCGCGACUCAUGGAUGCCCAUUAUCGAAUUCCUCGACGACCAGCACGAGUCUUACAUGCUCCAGGAGCAACAACCCCGCCGUCAGGACAAGAUCGAUCUCCGUGUCCACGCCUGCUUGUACUUCAUCCGCCCUACCGGUCACACCCUUAAGCCCCUAGAUAUCGAGGUUAUGAAGAGGCUCUGCUCUCGCGUCAACCUCAUCCCCGUUGUCGCCAAGGCCGACACUCUCAGCCCCGCCGACCUGGCGAGAUUUAAGUCCAGGAUCCGUGCCGUCAUCGAAGCUCAGGCCCGCAGCUUGAUGGCCGCCAUGCCCUUUGCCGUUAUUGGUUCCGAGAAGGAUGUUAAGACCAGCGAUGGACGUAUUGUCAAGGGUCGUCAGUACUCGUGGGGUGUUGCCGAGGUCGAGAACGAGGAACACUGCGACUUCAAGAAGCUCCGUUCGAUCCUUAUCCGCACCCACAUGUUGGACCUUAUCCACACAACAGAGGAGCUUCACUACGAGGCUUACCGCGCUCAACAGAUGGAGACUCGCAAGUUCGGCGAGGCCCGCCCAAGGAAGCUCGACAACCCCAAGUUCAAGGAAGAGGAGGAGGCUCUCCGCAAGCGCUUCACAGAACAGGUCAAGAUCGAGGAGCAGCGCUUCAGGCAGUGGGAGCAGAAGCUCAUUGCCGAGCGCGACCGUCUCAACAAGGACCUCGAACAGACCCACGCCCAGAUCAAGUCCCUCGAGAUGGAGCUCGAGUCUUUGCAGGGAAGCGCCGUCCGCAGCCACGGUCGCCGUUAA